AGAGAUACAGAAGGGGAGGGAGAGCAAGUGAGGGAAAGGGAAGGAGAGGGGGAAAUGGAGUGAGAAAUAGAGAGAGUGUAAGAGAGGGAGAGAUUGAUAGCUUGUCAGGACUCAGUAGCUUCCUGUUUCUACACUCUACAUUAUACCUUUCAUUUGGACCCUGUCCAACCAACAGGAAUAGCAGCGUGUGAGGGGAGAGCUUCCCCUGCCCUGUCGGAAACAGGCUCCUGCCCAGAAAACAAACACACACAAUUACACACACACACACACACACACACACACACACACACACACACGUGUGCUGCGGAGAGGACUGUCGACGCAGGGGUGCAUCAUGAAGUCUCAGCAGAAAUGCAUCGUAAUCUUUGCGUUGGUGUGCUGUUUCGCCGUGCUGGUGGCCUUGAUCUUCUCAGCGGUGGAUGUCUGGGGAGAGGAUGAAGACGGUAUAACAGAGGAGAACUGUAACAAGAACUGCAGGGUAGUGCUUGUGGAGAAUAUUCCAGAAGAUGUCACCUUCUCUGAGAAUGGUACGUCCCACCUCCCGCUCUCUGCUGGGCUGCACAGCCUGUUGGACCUGGCAGUGGCUGGUCACUCUGUGGAGAUUGUGUCACCUCAAUGGAACCUGAACUCCUCCGACUAUGAAUCCAGAUUCCUACAAUCUUCUAGGCAGGGUCAGGCUUUGCUGCAAAGACUGCAGGGGCUGAAGAAGAAGGGAAUCAAUUUGAAGAUAGCCAGUGGAAGGAUCAACUCUUCAGAGCUGAAGAGCCUGUCUCGUCACAGUGAGGUACACUACAUUAACAUGACAGCCCUGACCAAAGGCUUUCUGCACUCUUCUUUCUGGGUGGUGGACAGGCAGCACAUCUACAUCGGCAGCGCCACCAUGGACUGGCGAUCACUGUCCACGAUGAAAGAACUGGGCAUCAUCGUCUACAACUGUAGUUGCCUGGCAUUGGACCUGCACAGGGUAUUCAACCUCUACUGGCAGCUGCAGUAUAAGGACUUUAUACCGUCCAUGUGGUCCAAGAGGCUGAGCGCCCUGUGGAACAAAGAUGAGAACCUACCGCUUCUCUUCAACAACACCAAGGCUGAAGUCUUUGUCUCUAGCUCUCCAGAUGUCUUCUGCCCUAAAGACAGGACCAGAGACCUUGAUGCCAUAGCCUACGUGAUCCAAAAGGCCAAGAGGUUCAUCUACAUAUCCAUUACAGACUACCUGCCUCUCACUAACAGGAAUGCUCACAGAUACUGGUCACGUAUAGACGGGAUGCUUCGGGAGGCCUUGAUCCUGAGGAACAUCGAAGUGCGUAUGUUAGUAAGCUGCUGGGAGCAGACGCAUCCCCUGACCUUUAACUUUGUGUGGUCCCUGAAGACCCUGUGCAUGGAGCUGGCCAACUGUUCAAUGGAGGCUAAGUUCUUCAGCCCCAGGAAGCAGAGAGAUGGCACGCUACAGGGAAUCAACCAUAACAGAUUCAUGGUGACAGACAGUGCUGUGUACAUAGGGAACUUUGACUGGGUGGGGAAUGAGUUUAUGUUCAACGCUGGAGCAGGCAUGGUGAUCAGUCAGGCGGAGGGGGUGAAGGAGAAGAACUCAACGUUGGUGGAACAGGUGAGGGCUACGUUCGAGCGGGACUGGUAUUCACGCCACACCAAGAGCCUGCAGGCUAACAAGAUCCCAGUCUGCAACAAGCACCAGCUCAACCAACUGGCACAUCUCAAAAUCACUCAACCAACAGAGAGCAAUGGGAGUAAGGAGGGUCCCAAUGGCUCCCUGUGAAUCCGAAGAUGUGGUGCGUUACAAGACUGAUUUAUGCAGGCUUUAAGAGAAAAAUAACAGUUUAAUGCUGAAAUCGGACACUGUAGACGUAAUAUAGGAAUUGGAGGGCAUUUGUUCAUCUAUUGAACCUUCUGCUUAUUUCAUCCUGACUGUUUCUUACAGAAGACAUUCGUGGGAGGGGAAAUGAUCAAAUAAAUUGAUUUUCUAAUGAAUGCUGAACCUCAGUAAAUAUAGCUCAUCGUUAAAUCCAUUUUGCCAAUAAUGACAUCAUUCAUCACAACCCUUUUAAAACCCUCGGCCAAAGCAGGUUGGAGCUGCAUGGACAGUAGUGUGGAGAUUUCCUAUACAAAUCUAUACUCCAAAAGGUGUUUACCUGGUGUGUCUUCAAUAUUAAUUUACAAAGUGCAUGACAAUGAUUUUACCUGAUGGAAUAUUGGUCAUAGAUUCCCAAGGUCAUCGUGAAUAAUUAGGUUUAUUAGGUAUAACUGGAAAAGGGUGUUUAACCAGUGGGACAACUGUAGCUCUCUUUAAAAACAGAUGUUGACUUAUUGAACAGAUAUUGUAAAAAACAAUUGGAAGCGAUUUCAGUCAGUAAGAUCAAUAGCAUGACUUUUUAAAGACUGCUAAACACCUUUCCAGUUCCCCCAAGGACGUUUUGAAAUAAGACCUUAUGCAUUGGACCGGCAGAGAAAGUAACCACAGCAACUCUUUACACCACCCGCAUGAUAAACUUUGCACCUGAACAUCAAAGAUGAUCAACUACAGGAGUUGUCAACACCUUUUUAUGAACAUGUCACUCCAAUGUCUAAAUACUGUAUGUAAUAGGCCUAUCUGUGGUGUUUGAUUGGCAUAACACUUGUAUUUAUUCUGUUUCAUCUGUCUUUUCAUCGUCUUUUUACAGUAAUAUAAUGGGAGAAUACUUUCUCCAUGUUUACAGGUGGUUCUCUUCACACAUUAUUUUGUAACUGGGGUUCUGUUAUCGUAUUUUGAUACAAGAAAAAUAUUAAUAGUAAAUUGAAAUAACAACAAUGCACGUACUUCCUGAAAAUAUUAAUAAGUUUGUCAGCGUUAACCAGUACAUAAAUGUAGCAUUAACACAUCUAUGAUGUACACUGCUCUUAUGGCAGACAAUGUUCUUAAUGUGACAGUAAAUAUCUGUACAACAACUUACCAUUUAACUACAGGUAACUGCCAAAAUAAAGGAAACAUCAUCAGUGUGUCUUAAUAGGGUGUUGGGCCACCACGAGCCGCCAGAACAGCGUCAAUGAGCCUUGGCAUCGAUUCGACACGUGUCUGCAACUAUUGGACGGAUGCAACACCAUUCUUCCACGAGAAAUUCCAUAAUUUUUUUUUUUUGUUGAUGGUGGUGGAAAACGCCGUCUCAGGCACCGCUUCAGAAU